GUCCGGAAGUCGGGUACUGGUCCUGUUAGUACCUGGCCAUUUGGUCGCCUCACAUCGCGCGGGUCCCUGCUCUUCCUCCUUAGGCGACCUCCGGGCAUCACCGCCGGCCCCCGACGAAGUGCACGUCGGGGAUCCCGUUGCCCUCGGCUCUCGUCUCUGGCUUGCCUCCUGCCCUGCUUCCCUGCAGAGCUUACCUGCUCCGCACGGGGCCGUGUGCCGGCUGCCCAUGGCGGGGGCCGCUCCGACCACGGCCUUUGGGCAGGCGGUUAUCGGCCCUCCGGGCUCGGGGAAGACCACGUACUGCCUGGGCAUGAGUGAGUUCCUGCGCGCGCUGGGCCGGCGUGUGGCGGUGGUGAACCUGGACCCGGCCAAUGACGGGCUGCCGUACGAGUGCGCCGUGGACGUGGGCGAGCUGGUGGGGCUGGGCGACGUGAUGGAUGCGCUGCAGCUGGGGCCCAACGGCGGCCUGCUGUACUGCAUGGAGUACCUGGAGGCCAACCUGGACUGGUUGCGUGCCAAGCUCGACCCCCUCCGCGGCUACUACUUUCUCUUCGACUGCCCUGGCCAAGUGGAGCUCUGCACGCACCACGGAGCCCUGCGCAGCAUCUUCUCCCAGAUGGUGCAGUGGGACCUCAGGCUGACUGCUGUCCACCUGGUGGAUUCUCACUAUUGCACAGACCCUGCCAAGUUCAUUUCGGUACUGUGUACCUCCCUGGCCACCAUGCUGCAUGUGGAGCUGCCCCAUGUCAACCUCCUCUCCAAGAUGGACCUCAUUGAACACUAUGGGAAGCUGGCCUUCAACCUGGACUACUACACAGAGGUCCUGGACCUCUCCUACCUGCUUGACCACCUGGCUUCUGAUCCUUUCUUCCGCCACUACCGUCAGCUCAAUGAGAAACUGGUGCAGCUCAUCGAAGACUACAGCCUGGUCUCCUUCAUCCCUCUCAACAUCCAGGACAAGGAGAGUAUCCAGCGGGUCCUGCAGGCUGUGGAUAAAGCCAAUGGCUACUGCUUUGGGGUCCAGGAGCAGCGGAGCCUGGAGGCCGUGAUGUCUGCCGCGGUGGGAGCUGACUUCCACUUCUCCUCCACCCUGGGCCUGCAGGAGAAGUACCUGGCGCCCUCAGAGCAGUCAGUGGAGCAGGAGGCCAUGCAGCUAUAGCAACAAGCUGAGCUCUGGAGAACAAGACACACGACCCAGCACUGGGGAGAGUGGCGGCUCCCAGUGAGCAGCGGACAGCUCAGUGGCCUGCGGAUCCAAGGGCAGCCCCUCCAGCCGGAGCUGGGAGACUGGCAAGGGGAUACUCAGCCUCGCAGAGGACUUCUGGCCAAAAGCCACACAUGUAGCCAAGCAGAGCACUAAUCACAGCCUCAUGAACUCUGGGCGCUGCCACCAGGGAUUCAAUACUGGUCCCACUCGGGCUGUGACGGAAUGUGCUACAAUACAAGAGUUUAUCUUCUACUUUUUGUGGCUUCCAAACUUUCUUCAGUCAUCCAGGCCAAGUGAGUUGGGAAUAUGGGAAUGUCCCCUUUCCUCAGAAGAGUCCUAUUUCUUUAUACUACAGGGCAGUGUUUCCCCCAAAGCACGGGAUCACACUAGAGGGUUGACUCUCAGUCCUCAGUUAUGCUCUUUGGUUAACCUUCAGUUUUAACAGUGAACCUCAAACUUGAGGUCUCACAGACAACACUUCCUAGCAGAUCUUGUAAUGUUUUAUUUUCGUUGUAUUUAUGUCACGGUUUUAUUGUUUUUUGAGGUUAAGUGUUAACUAGUUUUCCAUUUAUAGUAGUGAUUAAAAGUUGACUUUAACAUGAAAUUAUUUAUACAAAAUGAGUUGCUUAAAGGAAAAUAUCAGUAUAUAAUCUGAUAUCAUGAGGGCUGUGGGAAAAAUCAAGAUGGCUUGAAGCUGGAAAUACUGGUGUUUGCUUCCUUUGCUCUUCUUGCAACUGGUUGGAUGCAAUUCACAUUUUCAACCAGUAGGUAGCAUCCCAGGCUUAUUUUUUAAUUUUGAUUUUUUUUUUUUUUCGGCUGUAGCCUGGAGGCAGAAGGGGACAGAUGGCUGUCGUGCCAGUCGUCUUAUUUGCAGACACUCAGUGCUGUUAAUACAUGGGAAGAGCAUCGCGUUUUACAAAGAGCUUCCACACACAACAGUCCUCGUGUGGCUUUCACAGCCGCUCCUAGGGAUAUAGACAAGAUGGGGAAUAGUACUAAGCCCCACUUUACUGUGAGGAAACAGAAAGAUGAGGAGUUUGAACUUCAGUCAGCCUGUGUCUCUCAUGGUUCACUUUGCUGAAUACUUAAUGGUGAAAAGUCAGGGCCCUCCUCCCACAGGGUUUGUAACCAAUCAGGAGAAAGAAUUUAGACACCUGUAGGGUAUUACUGAAUCAUAAAUCAGGGGGAAGAUAGAUGACUGGUGGUUCAGACAGUUGGAGAAUUCAAUUUAGGAAAACUGUUCUGAAGUCGCAUUGAGAUGGGGGUGACUGGGCUUUGCUUCUCACGUUUGGUCACCAGAGCAGAAGGCAGAAGAGUAAGGGGCUGUGAGGAGGCCCCUCGGGCUGGAACAGUGUGAAAGCAGCCGACCCCCACUCCCACGCCUGGCGGGACAGGGGAUGAUAACUGGGUGCUCCUUCCCCCGACUCUCAUUUAAGGAGUUCAAAGCACCUCAUCCCUGUUGACACUGUGCACAGUGGGUGGGGAGUGUCAACAGUGCAAGCCAGGGAAACUGAGGCCAGGAGGCACUGCCUGGGGCUGUCUGUGAGUCACCUAUGGGGCCUGGAGCCCAGGAAUAAUGACACCCAGGCUGCUGGACAGAUCCCUCAUCAGUUAGGGCAUGAGGGUGGGUGCUGUGUUUUUGAAACUAAUACCAAUAGCUGUGGUCAUGGGUUUUGAUGCUUACCCCAUCCUGGAGGCCCCAGCUGUCACCAAAGCACACCAGCUGGAAGGAAGCAUCGUUUAGAACGUUAUGGCCUCAUAUGCAAGCACCCUAAGCAUUUAUUCUCUGCAGUCAUCAAGUGAAGAAGGAUGGACAGAUUCCAAACUUUAUUUUCAGGCCUUGGUGUGACAACGAGGGUGUUUUCUCCUCUAGUAAAUGGAGCUCUGUCCACUUCCCACUGAUAGCAGCAUGAUUUUCUAUCCCCCCUGUCAUGAUUGGGAGGGGAUAGCACAGUGCAGAAAAGCAGAGGUGUCUGGGUUCCAGGUGAGGUCUGUUCAGCAUGAAGUGUGUAGGGUAAGAGAAAGACCAUCCUCGAUUUGUCAGCAUAUGACGACUGUCCUUAAGAUUUCUUUUUUUCCUGAUAGAAAAGGGAAAAGCUUGGAAAAUGAAAAUCAGUCACCUGUAAUCCCACCACAGAUAAAUAAUUUUUAAAUAUUUAUAAUAAAUUUUCUAUUCAAAUGUAUAUUUUGUGUUUUUUCUUUCAGUCUUAUUUUUCUAUGCAUUCAGAGGGAUAGCUAUAGCAUUUAUAUACGUGGGAUAUCUUGUUAAUGCUUUGUAACCUGCUUUUUUCAGUUAACAUUAUUUCAUGUAACUAAAACUAUAAGGACCUUUUUAAUGUCUACAUGAUAAUAUUCUGGAGUAUGGCUAUAACAUUGUUUAUCCAGACUCCCAUGGUUAGCCUUUAAGUUGUUAGCAAUUUUUUUUGCUAUUGU